CAGAAGUGCAUCGUGAUCUUUGCCCUCGUGUGCUGCUUUGCCAUUCUGGUCGCAUUGAUAUUUUCAGCUGUGGACAUUAUGGGAGAGGACGAGGAUGGACUCUCAGAAAAAAAUUGUCAAAAUAAAUGUCGAAUUGCCCUGGUGGAAAAUAUUCCUGAAGGCCUUAACUAUUCAGAAAAUGCACCAUUUCACUUAUCACUUUUCCAAGGCUGGAUGAAUUUACUCAACAUGGCCCAAAAGUCUGUUGACAUAGUGUCUUCUCAUUGGGAUCUCAACCACACUCAUCCAUCAGCAUGUCAGGGUCAACGUCUUUUUGAAAAACUGCUCCAAUUGACUUCGCAAAAUAUUGAAAUCAAGCUAGUGAGUGACGUGACAGCUGAUUCAAAGGUAUUAGAAGCCUUGAAAUUAAAGGGAGCCGAGGUGACCUACAUGAACAUGACCGCCUACAACAAGGGCCGGCUCCAGUCCUCCUUCUGGAUUGUGGACAAACAGCACGUUUAUAUUGGCAGUGCCGGUUUGGACUGGCAAUCCCUGGGACAGAUGAAAGAACUUGGUGUCAUCUUCUACAACUGCAGCUGCCUCGUCCUAGAUUUACAAAGGAUAUUUGCUUUGUAUAGUUCAUUAAAAUUCAAGAGCAGAGUACCUCAGACCUGGUCCAAGAGACUCUACGGAGUCUAUGACAAUGAAAAGAGAUUGCAACUUCAGUUGAACGAAACCAAAUCGCAAGCAUUUGUGUCGAAUUCUCCCAAACUCUUUUGCCCUAAGAACAGAAGCUUUGACAUAGACGCCAUCUACAGUGUGAUUGAUGAUGCCAAGCAGUACGUGUACAUUGCGGUCAUGGAUUACCUGCCCAUCUCCAGCACCAGCACCAAAAGGACUUACUGGCCAGACUUGGAUGGGAAAAUCAGGGAAGCAUUAGUUUUGCGAAGCGUUAAAGUACGACUCCUCAUAAGCUUCUGGAAGGAAACCGAUCCCCUCACGUUUAACUUCAUUUCAUCUCUUAAAGCUAUUUGCACCGAAAUAGCCAACUGCAGUUUGAAAGUUAAAUUUUUUGAUCUGGAAAGAGAAAAUGCUUGUGCUACAAAAGAACAAAAGAAUCACACCUUUCCUAAGUUAAAUCGCAACAAAUACAUGGUGACAGAUGGUGCAGCUUAUAUUGGAAAUUUUGAUUGGGUCGGGAAUGAUUUUACCCAGAAUGCUGGCACGGGUCUUGUUAUCAACCAGGCAGAUGUAAAGACUAACAGGAGCAUCAUUAAACAACUUAAAGAUGUGUUUGAGAGGGACUGGUACUCCCCCUAUGCCAAAACCUUACAGCCCACCAAACAGCCGAACUGCUCAGUCCUGCUCAAAUUCAAACCCCCCUCAGACAAAUCCGCCACCCACAACACUAGUGCCAAGGAGCCCUGGAGCACAUAACGUGGAUGAGCUGGGACAGCCGCAUAUUUCCUAUUUAUAUACAAAGGAUUUGAGGAGAGAAUAACAAUUUAAUAUGUCUUUUUUUUUUUUUAGGACAAAAAGCACACUUAUUAAAAAUGUUCUCUAAACGACAUGUAAUAUCUUAUCUAACAAUAUCUUAGCGCUGUGUCCACUAAAUUUAAGAGUUUUGUAUUUGUUACUUCCAACAGGGACUGUCACUCCGGCUAAGAAGUUAGUUUUUAUGUUUGCAUACAGAUUUUAAGACUUUGAUUCCUGUCGCUUUCUAGUUUUAGAACUUUUUCUGCUGACCCACCUGCCUGGUCAGUUCUUAGGAGACUUAGCAUGAGGCGAUGUCUUUCACACCGUUCUGAGAACUGCUGAUUUAGAGAGGAGGGGGAGGAUUUCGCCUUGGAGAAGAGACUCAUAAAACCAAGUGUUUAUCCUCAUGAACCAUCUCCAAGACCUACACCGUUCUCCAAGCAUGCACAAUUUAUAUCUGAUGCUGGCCUUCCACACUCUUGAAAAAAUACCCUUUCAGCCCCUUUUUGCAUUUUCUUCUAACACCAUAGGUUUUAUCUGGUGUCAUUUUCUUUUCUCACAAAACGUUCUUAUUAUAGAGUGUCCCUGUUUUUGCCUCUGCAUUAGUUCCAAAUAUGAUAACGUGUUCUGAAAAUGUAUGAAUUUCUCAGAAUGGAUCCAAAAUGGAAAUAGUCUUUAAUUUUCACCUUUCAACUGCAUUUUUUUCCCCUACCAGAUUGGUGUUUUAAAACCACAGCCAGCAAUAUGCAUCCUUUCUCUCAAGCUCAUAAAAAUGAUGUCGCUACCUGCUAGUAUCCAGCAAACUAUUAAGUCUGCAUUUUGAGCAUAAAGUAGUUUUCCACAUUUUUGUUUAGUUUAUGGUAUUAUAAAGGAAAGAUCUGUAUGCGUCAGUGGAUUUUAAUUUCUUAGAAUCGUUAAGCUGUUAAGAAUAUGCCAGCAAACAUUUACAGAGCUAUUUAAUAUACCUUCUGCUAUUUAAUAUACCAAAUGCUUUUCAGAGAAAUGCAAUUUAAAUAUUGUGCUUAACAUAUUUUACUAAAAAAACAGAAAUAUUGGACUAUUGUUGUAUAAUGUCAUUGUGUGUUGUUUUAUAUCUAUACAAUAUGUAACGCUAUAUUAAUGGAGACUAUUGCUAUAUGACAGAGAGGCCUGGCCUCUUCCAAGCCCAGAGCCUGUGGCCAAGAAGCCCAGUCCCAAUAUUGCUUCUGACUGUGCAGCUCGGGACAGUCUUUCACACCUUGGCCACGGGUUUCUAUUGGUAACAUAGAGACAGUGAUACUCACCUACCUCAACAGGCUGUUGUCGUGGUAGGAAAUAUUUAUAAUUUGUUUUGAAAUCAAAAGAACCUAUAUAAAUGCUAAGCAUUAUAAUGUACAAUCUUUUUCUUGAAAUAAUCUUUGUGGUAUGCUGAUAGAAUC